AUUUUAUGCGAGAUAAGCUAGUUAGCAUCUAUUUAGUCUAUAUUGUGGUAAAAUGGUGUCGCAAAGGUCAAAAUUAAACCUCAUCAUACUCCUCAGCUUGUACAUAGUCAAUAUUAUGAAGAUUGAAUCAGCUACGUAUAUGCUUCAAAUGACAGUUGAUGGAUCAGAACAAAUGACUGUUAAUUUCGACGGGAUGAACUUUACUUUGAGUGAUGACCUCACACUAACAAUUCAAGAUAAUGACUGUACAAGGACAGUUUCCUUGCAACCGCCGACCGAAGAUGAGCUGAUAACUGGAAGUGGAUAUCGUUCGGGUUCUCAGCUGUGCAAAAGUUGGUUUGCACGAAACCGACAUAAUCAUCAGGAAAUGGACGAAGUGAAGGAAUACUAUGAAGGAAGUGAACCUUAGAGUAUGGCUGUGCAAAACGCUACUCGAGCUGCAGUGGAAAUGGCAAAUAUAGGCCACAUACUUAUUGUAUAAUUGAGAAAUAGUUUCAGUUGUGUUUAUUUUAAAUGCUCUGCUUAGAUGUUAUUAAAAUGAUGAAAAAUACGCUUCAUUUACUGAAUACUGAGUAUUGUUCUUCUUCUUCUUCUUUCUGUAGAUUUUAGUUUCUCUCCAAUAAAUGUAUAUUCGUUAAACUCCUUUCGUGUUAAUAACAAAUGUGAACUGUUCUUGUGUAUUGAGAUAGUAAGUAAAUGAUUGAACUCAGUGCGGAG